CCAAUUCCUCCCAUACGCAAAUCUAAGUAUCAAACACCAAACAGAACACUCUCUCUCUCUGGCUCUCUCUCCAUAGCUUCGAUAAUCUGCUUCGAUGGCCAACGUGCUGGAAUCCCUCACCGUGCCUCGAGCCUCCACUAUGCCUUCCCCUACUCUCUCUCCGAUCGCCGCCUCUUCUUUUUCUUCGCUCUCCGCCCGUAGAUUGCCCCGCUUCAGAGGCCUCAAGUUUAUACCUAGUUUCGUGACUCGCUCUUUUGGGUCGGUGACUCGAAUCCCUAGUUCGCGUCCGAGGCUAGAUGGUCGCGGUGGCCUAGUCGUGUGCGAAGCUCAGGAUACUUCCGUUGAAGUGUCUGGUGUUACGGAUGCAGAUUGGCAAUCACUUGUGCUCAACUCCGAGUCCCCUGUUCUGGUUGAAUUUUGGGCCCCUUGGUGUGGGCCAUGCCGUAUGAUCCAUCCCAUCAUUGAUGAACUGGCAAAGCAAUAUGCUGGGAAGCUCAAAUGCUACAAAGUUAAUACCGAUGAGAGCCCUGCAGUGGCAACACGUUAUGGCAUUAGAAGCAUCCCAACAGUCAUAAUCUUCAAGAAUGGUGAGAAAAAAGAUGCAGUUAUUGGUGCUGUUCCCAAAUCCACAUUGACUACCAGCCUAGAGAAAUUCUUGUAGAGUUGAUCAUUGUCAGUAGCUCUGCGGGUCUGUGGGUGUAGAAUUACUUUGACAGUUAAUUGGAGAAUUAGGUCCAGGGAGGCCCUGAAGAAAGAUAAGGAGAGAGAUUAUUUGUUCGAGGAAUUAUAUUUGCAUGCAUCACCAUAAUCCUCGGAGGUUGAUUCUUGAGAACGCUGAAGAUGCUGGGCCUAGAAAACUGCACUGUUGUGUUUGAUGUGGUAUAAUACUUAGAAAUAGACCACACUUUUCAGGGGAGGAGAAACCAUUCUACUUCAGGGAUGAGGUCAUUUCUACAUUUACCGGUACUUAAGCACAUUGUUGGCUUUUUGUUUGUGAAAUUGCACUGUUUAUGCAGAUUGGAAAACGGGAAGGAACAAAAAUAAGGACCACCAGAGUUGUAAAUGGAGAGAUGAAGUAGAGUAUAGUUGCCAAACGGAGGUUAGAGGAUGAGUGAAAGCGAUGAAACGAAAGUGAAAAAGAACAAACUUAUUUCAUGAAAACACAAAAUGGAGGAACCAGUGGUAAGAGGAAUCUGUUUAUGCUGGCCGCUGCUUCAAGAACUGAGUAGAUUUUUGUGCCAUUUGGUUAAUGCUGAAAUGUCUACUAUAUUUUCAUCGUUGCUGUCAUUGUAGUUGGGAUGAUAUGUGCACAAACUUGGGGAGUCCAUUCCCCUAUCCUUUUAAUUGUUGUAAUGGCUCAAGUUGGCAACCUUGAAUCUGUGGAACUUUUUCAUUUGCUGUGUGAAUGUGGACAAAUGCGAGGGUUACGUAAA